UUGUCAAUGAAUGACCGAACGAGUAAAUUGAUAUUACGUACGUGCGGCCUGUGUUGAAAUUUAAUUAAGCACGUGUUAAAUUAUCUAGCAAACUUGUUAAAACAAUAAUAUUAUAAUAUAGUCAACAAGGAUGGAUGUUCUAACUAGACCUGCGGAGGAGUUUGGCAAUGACGAAACAUUGGAGCACCUAUGGGCUGCAAAGGCUAUGGAACACAGUGACAUUUACUUCAAUGUCCUAUGUUCAGUAGACACACGGUUGCUACGCCUCACGCCACACGAUGACCUAAUAUACACACACUUCAGGCAAGACUUCCCCGACCUCAACGUAGCCUACAUCAAAGAAAACGAAAUUAAAAACAACCACAACAAAGCCAAAUGGCGAGCUUAUUGCGAAAAAUUUAAAAAUAUCAUUGAAGAUUACAGUUUUGGGACUUUGAUGAGGGCGGACACAAAAGGGGACUACUCCGAACAGAACACCAUACUAGUGCCAAGAGUGCAGUUUUACGCUAUUGAAAUUGCUAGGAACCGCGAAGGAUUGAACAAUGACGUGAAGAAACGGUUCAAAUGCCAGUCUAAAGCUAAUUUAGAGGCCCAGGAACACAAAACGGCUGUUGCUGUGUAGGUUUCCACUGCCACUUAUCAAUCAUAUUUAGAAAACAUGCCUGUUAUCUAAUUACGAUCAACAUUUUCAUACAUUUCGUAUGAAGUCAUUAGACUGCAGACAUGUUUUUCAAAUGACCAUGUAUAAUUUUAAGGUGUUGCCAAUAACCAUUACCUAAGUUAAGAAAUCAAGAAUGUCAAAGAUACAGUUCUGAAAAUAAAACCACUGUACAUUGUAUACCUUAUUUUGUAUGGUGCCUUCACAAUUCAUUGUAUUUGGCAAAGCAAUGCUCUGUAAGGUGCAUUAGGGUAAUUCCGAAAGUCGCAUAAAAAUCACCAUUAUUUCCAUCAUAUGAAGAUUCCCCUUUCGGAAUUUUCCGAGCAUUUCUGUCAUUCGGAAUUACCCUAAUGCACCUUACUUCUUUUCUAUUUUUAUGUAAGAGAAGAGUUAAGUUUUUUUUUCUAUACUUAAAUCUGGUGGAAUGUGGGGCACUUACACAACAAUUUUCACAAAUAGUAAUUCCAGUGUUCAAAAUCCUCUGUUACAAGAAAUCUAAUAAAUAUGGAGGGUUGUGUGACUCCCCCUCGUGUAAUUAACUGAGAUUGUAUGAAGCUUAUUACAGAUCAAUCUGCUUUCAAUUUGAGUGGUAAGGAUACAGAGUUGAGUGACAUGUCCUUUGAUAUGUAAACAUGAGUGUUGUCUCAGGGAAAGUCAAUAACCAGCCAUUUAGAAUAAUUUCCAUAAAAGCCUAGUAGUGUUAAGACUUCUGGCCAUUAACUACACAUUACAUUAUAUUUUUAGUCACUGGUCCUAAUGUUUACGAAUAAUUCAAAACUUAAUAAAAGUCACCAAAAAGCGUAGUUGGAGUGGCUAAGGUCAUUAAUAAUAAGCCGAUAUUCUUUGAUAUGAUUACCUGCAGCUGCUAAGUAUUCAGUCCUAGUGUAAGUAAAAAUGAAUGAGGUGCUCAAUAACUCAUACAUUUUGUGUAAUAAAUUUUAUACUACA